GCUACCUUCCCUCCCUCUUUCUCUCCCUUCGACUUGCUGACAUCUUCCCCAAAGAAGGGGAAUCGGGAAGCGCUAGGACCGAGCAUGCUCGCAGAGACCGCUGGAAUCUCUUCUGUGCAGAGUGGUUGCUGCCGCCGCUGCCGCUGCCAUUUCUCCUCGCGUUCCCCGCUUAGAGAGAGAGAGAGAGAGAGAGAGAAAAGGAGGGGAGAGGGAGGUUACCGAGGCUGACUGAACUCAAGCGCUGGACUGCCAAGGACUCCCACUGCCCGCCGCUGUUUCUGCUGCUGCUGUUCCUGCUCUGGACAAGUGUGGAAAGCAGAGCGAGGAGGGCGGGGGGGAAGGAAGGAGGAGAAAGGCAGAGGGGAACUCAAGCUUGAAGGAGAGAGGGAAGCCCCGAGAAAGAAGGGAAGAAUCCGCUCUUCUCCUUCUCCAUGGCUGAAGGAAAGAGGCUGAAGCCGAGGAAAGUGUGAGGCGCGCUGGGGAGGGAGACCGAUUCGUAACUUUCCGACGCCUCGAACCCGUUUGAGAAGCUGGGAGGAAGAAAUCUGCCUCCUUCCAUGCUCCGGUCACUUCAGCGCUUCGGGAGAUUCAAUGCGCUGAUUCCGGACGCUUUCUGGCUUUCCUUCUUGAGGUAACUUUUGGGAAGUCUCGCCGCUGCCGCCGUUGGUAGAAACGCCCGGAGGAGAACGGGGAGAGCCUUGGAAGAAGUCCUGAAGGAGAAGAAAAGAAGGGAGAAAGUUUCGCCUAAAAAAACCCGCCGGAGAUUUCUCUCUCUCUCUCUCUCCUUUCUUCCCCUCCAGCUGCCUGUGUUAGUGGAGAGGGUAGAUAAAGCGCCGAGAAGAUGAUCUGGAAGGGCAACUGCUGCUGCGGAGGUGUCCGAAGCGGAGGAGAUUUUCUCUGCCUGCUCCUUCUCUUGAUGGGUUUCUUAUUGCCCGCCUGCAGGACUCGCUUGUACACCAACCACUGGGCUGUGAGGAUAAGUGGCGGGCUCCAAGAAGCCAACCGGAUAGCGAGCAAGUACGGCUACAUCAAUAUAGGACAGAUUGGGGCACUGAAGGAUUAUUACCAUUUUUACCAUAGUAAAACAUUUAAAAGGUCUGUUGUCACAAGUAGAGGUACUCACAACUUCAUUUCCAUGGAGCCAAAGGUAGAAUGGAUAGAACAACAAAUUGUGAAAAUAAGGAGAAAGAGAGAUUACAAACCGGGUAGCAUCCAGUCCAUGUAUUUUAAUGAUCCUAAAUGGCAAAGUAUGUGGUACAUGCAUUGCAGUGAUAAUACACAUCUUUGUCAGUCAGAUAUGAAUAUUGUUGGUGCCUGGAGGAGAGGCUACACUGGAAAGAAUAUUGUGAUCACCAUUUUGGACGAUGGCAUUGAGAGAAACCAUCCAGACUUGAUGCAGAAUUAUGCUGCAUCAGAAGUUGAGAUGGAUGGGUCAAGUCAGUUUCGGCCACCCCAACUAAUGCAGGAAGGAGACUUGAGGAUGACCUUCUACAAGAAUAGUUUCUUCAAGUUGUUCCUGAAGGGAGACAAAGAUAAAAAGGACAAGAAAUCAACUUGUGGAAUUAACUUUGAAAUCAACUUAACGGGCAGAAACAACUUGGGCUCCAUUUAUGUGUGGGCAUCUGGAAAUGGUGGAAGAAGUAAGGAUCAUUGCUCGUGUGAUGGCUACACCAAUAGCAUCUAUACCAUCUCCAUCAGUAGCACAGCUGAAAGUGGAAGGAAACCUUGGUAUCUAGAAGAAUGUGCAUCAACAUUAGCUACAACCUACAGCAGCGGAGAAUCCUAUGACAGGAAAAUAAUCACUACAGACCUCAGACAGCGUUGUACAGACAGUCAUACAGGGACAUCAGCUUCUGCACCUAUGGCUGCAGGAAUCAUUGCACUGGCACUGGAAGCCAAAACAAUACGACCAGAUAAUAUUCGUAAUGGACCAGAUAAUGGAGUUCGUUCAAUAUACAAAGCCACAGGAUGUGCAGAUAAUACCAAUCACCAUGUAAUAUAUCUAGAACAUGUGGUGGUACGAAUCACUAUUACACACCCUCGAAGAGGUGAUCUGGCAAUUUAUUUAACUUCUCCUUCUGGAACAAGAUCUCAGCUAUUGGCUAACAGGUUAUUUGACCAUUCUAUGGAAGGUUUUAAAAACUGGGAGUUCAUGACAACUCACUGCUGGGGUGAAAAAGCAGCUGGUGACUGGAUUUUAGAAAUCUAUGAUACUCCAUCUCAACUAAGAAAUGUAAAGACUCCAGGUAAAUUGAAAGAAUGGUCCUUAGUACUUUAUGGGACAUCUAUCCAGCCUUACUCCCCAAGAAAUGAUUUUUUAAAAGGCGAACGAGUACGCAUGAGUGCAAUUGAAGACCCUACAGAAGAUUAUGGAGUAGAUGACUAUUCAGGUCCCUGCAAUGCAGAGUGCAGUAAGGUUGGAUGUGGUGGACCAGGGCCAGACCAUUGCAAUGAUUGCCUACACUAUUACUAUAAAUCUAAAAACAAUACACGAAUCUGUGUUCCCAACUGUCCACCUGGUCACUAUAGUGCGGACAAGAAACGUUGUAAAAAGUGUUCACCCAACUGUGAAACAUGUUUUGGAAGUCAUAGUGAUCAAUGUAAUACCUGUAAACCUGGUUACUUUAUCAAUGAAGAAUCUAGAAACUGUAUUACCUCCUGCCCAGAGGACUUUUACCUGGAUAAUA